CAGAUGUAGAGCCCCUAGUACAGUAUUCAUUGAAAGUUUGUGAGCGGCCCAAACUGCACUUGACCAGAUUCAAGAUUGAAUCUUUCUCCUACUUGACAAAAGCAGUUGAGUUUCAAGACCCAGCUCCAAGCACAGCGACAAGACAACUGUGUGAAAGUCUCACAUUCGCUUCAGAAUCACAACAGGAGCAGACAGAUGGGUUGAUUCAAAAGUUUAUUAGCUUGCAAGAGGAGAGUAAAGAGUCAAGGAAGAGAAUUAUAAGAAUUGAAAAUGACAUUGAGUGCAUUAGAUUAGGACUGGCCAAACUGCAAAUGGAAUGGGAAUACAGGCAGCACCAUUUGUUGACAGAAUGGCAUGACACCAAAGAACAGGUGUGUGAUGAAUGCAGUGAGCAGACAAUGGACAGCAAGGAGGUGAACAAAUCAUUGAGAGCCAAGACGUCAGAAGCGGCAACCCAGCUUCAUCAUGUAACAUGCCGACAGAGGAAAGAUCAUACAGUGAGGAAUGGAGUAGAUCAUGCCUGCAGUGAACAGGUUACUGAAACAGAUUUCCCACCACAGUUUGAUGAAAGUGAUCAAACCGAGAUGAUGUCAUUUCGAAGUGAGCCCCACAUCAAGCACUAUAUCCCAUCAAUGCCUUUACAUAGCUUUCCAUAUGGUUCCGCUUCUCUCCCGUCAUCAUUGGAAAGCAACAGCUCCAUUGCAUCCCUUCCAUGCAGAUAUAAGGCUGACCUUGGACAUGAUCGACCCCUGAAAGCAUAUGCACCUCGCUCUGUCUUGGAUAUACAGAUUGGACACAGAGUUAAAGUUAUAUUGCCAAGUGGCAAAAUUGGAGCAGGUCUGGUGAAGUAUAUUGGUGGUUUGCCUAUGGUGCCCGAAAUUUGCUUUGGAGUGGAACUGGAUUUUCCUGAAAAUGGUCUACGUAAUGGAGUGUUUGCAGGACACUGUUAUUUUUCCUGGUUAAUUUAUCCACUUGAAAAGCUGUGGAUUUGUUAUCGGUUUAUGCCCUCUGCUCAGCUGAUAUAUGCUGAAACAAAACCAGUCUGGUCUGACCUCGAACAAAUGAAAGUGCAAGCAUUAGCAAAUUGAUCUGAAUGGAGAAAAUACUGUCCUUUCUGCAGAUGUAAGAAGUAAAGAUAGAUUCUCUGACAGAAUAAUUCUGUCAUAAUUACAGUUACUUCCACGAGUUUUAAUGAAA